AGAAUCUCAAGGAUGUAUUUUGCAUUGUACGUACUGCUGGUGGUACCCGUUGUACAAGCUAGGAUGAACUCAUCUCAACUACUAGAAUAUGUACAUAGCUUGUACACAACACAUUCACCACUUUUCCAUCCUGUGAUAAACCUGGUUCUUUGUGAUGAGAGCGAUGAACUUAUUGUUGGUGCUCUAGAUCUCCACUAUACAACAAUACCACAGCUGAAUAUCAACCAGAUCAAGGAUGUUUCCUCUGUAAACAUGGAUGGCUCAACCAUUAUGUUUUGCAGUAUUCCUGAGCAGGACAAAAUUGAAGUAAAUCAUGCAUUUGCAGUUUUUAAAAACGAUGCAGAAGAAUUUAUUAAAAGGUUUGAAAUGAAAGGGAUAGACAAUAUGAAACUCAUCAGAAAGAAUAACUCUGUGAUAAUGGAAGUAAAAACUUUAAAGUCUAUAACUGAAAAUGUUUCCUUCGAAUCUCCUAUUUCUGUGGAGAGCACUGACCGAAUGAGAAUAGAUUUACAUGGCAUACAAUUAACUGUAGGAUAUCUUGAUAAGGUUGUAUUCAGACUGAAUGGAGAUAGGUUUGAAGGAGCAAUGGGAGAUAUAUUUCAUUUGAUGAGUGAAAUCAUGAACUUUAAAUAUAAACCCAUUCCUUCAAUUGAUGGUUUCUAUGGAAAUAAAGUAUCUGGUGGAGUCCGAAAUAAAGGAAAAACAUCUGAAUUUAAUGGUAUAAUUGGUAUGUUGGAGAGAGAAGAAGUAGAUAUAGCUGGCGCAGAUAUGUUUAUGACCGCACAAAGAAUAAAGGUUGCCGACUUUGGUGGUAAAAUGAUGCUUCAAUCAACCUACUGUUCAAUGGAAAAACCUGGAAAACAACUUGACUUCAUGGCUUUCUUUAAACCAUUACAACCUAAGAUUUGGUUGUGUGCGCUUAGUUCUGCUGGUGGGUUGACCCUUUUCCUUCUCUUUCUCGCCUGGGUGUCAAGCAAACAUGAAACUAUUCCACAACAGAGACAAGGGGAUACAUUUCUGGAUAUUAUCGGCUUCUCCAUCAGAGCCUUUGGCGCCGUAGAAACCUUUCUACUUCCUGAAACUAGGUAUAGAAUGUCUUUAAGGAUAUGCAUGCUAACCUAUCUAGUUCUUGGAUUCUUGGUUGUAGCAACUUAUAACGCUGAGCUCACCUCUUAUCUUACAAGUAAAACUGCAAAGCUGCCGAUAACGCAAAUGGAAGAUAUUCUGGAAACGGAUAUAAAGCUCUCGCUGCCGGCUGGUUCAGCAUUUGUAACAGAUCUGCAGUACUCAGACAAGAUAACAUAUCAGCGACUAUGGAAUGAGAAGGUUGUCGGUCAUGAAUAUGGACUUGUAGACUGGUCAGUUGAUAAAGAUGAAACUCUUCUAAAAGCUAUCAGAAGCAACUACCUUAUUGUGGGCUUCGGUGAUGAAAUUUUGAAUUUUAUUGAUAAGAAUGUAUGUGAGGUUGAGAGUCUAGCUGUAAGCCCUAUACUACCCCAACAGACUGGAAUAUAUCUACGGAAAAAUUCACCAUUUACAGAAUUAUUUCAGCAACAAUUAGCUGUGCUAAUUGAGACUGGGGUUGUUAGUACUUUAAUGGCUAAAAACAAAGGAGGGCUGGGAGGAGUCUCUACAUGCAACAACACAAAUGUAAUACUUGGGUUUCAGAGUACAGUGUUCCUGUUCCUAGUGGUAGGAGUUGGUAUUCUUCUCUCCUGUUCCAUUCUUAUCUUGGAAAAUAUUCAGUUUAGAGUUUUUACUAGAUGUCGGAACCCUCGCAAAGCCCGUGCAAAACAGAAUUUAACAUAGAAGAUCACUUAGAAAUAAAAGCAGUGAAUAUAUAUCUAUGUAUAUUUCAUAAUACAAAUAAAGACAAUAAACAAGU